AUGUCGGUGCCGCAGUCGGAGCACCGCGUCCUGAUCACAGACUUCAGUCCUUCCACUCGCUACAGCGUGAGUGUGACGGCGGUGCGAGGCGGCCUCCUCAGCAGAGCCCUGCAGGCCACAUACAAAGGAGAGAGGGGCGACAGCACGGAGCCCCAGAGGCAGACAGACGGAGCGCAGCCUCCAGACGAAGCCAAUGAGAUUUUUGGAGGUAAGAAAAGUUCCACAAAUCCUCCUCACUCCUGA